AGUUGAGGUGGCGAAAUGGAGGGCGGCCGAAGUUCCCCAGCGGCGGCAGCACUUGUCAUCAUGGCGGACAAGGAGGAGAAGGUGGCGCAAUUCUCGGCUGUUGCUGGCGUCGAUGCUGAGAGGGCGACCUUUUUCCUGGAAUCCGCCGCAUGGAAUCUCGAGUCUGCAUUGAGUAGCUUUUAUGAGCAAGGGGAAGAAGAGGAAGCAGCUGCAAGAGAAGGCAGUGGAGAAAACCUGGGUGAGAGGCCAGAGGCAGACGGUGCUGCUGGGUCACCACAGAAACUGCCAUCCCAGGCAGCCAUCCAGAGGGCUUUGGUGAACAUUAUGGACCAGGACAGUGACAGCGGUGGCAGUGGAGAGGAGGAUGGCCAGGCCUUCUAUGCUGGUGGCUCAGAGCACUCCGGCCAGCAGGUGCUUGGGCCACCCCGGAAAAAGUCAGACAUGGUCACCAAACUUUUCAAGUCAGCCAAAGAGCAUGGAGCAGAGGUGUUGGACAGUGAAGGUCAGGGGAAGAAGUCCAAGAAAUUGACCUUUGGAGGCACAGGGUACCGUCUUGGCCUGACUUCUGAUGAUACAGAAGUGAUCCCCGACACCUCUAAGAAGGAAGAGAGGCCAAGGGACGUGUCACUUAAGAUGUGGAGGACUGGUUUCACGGUAGAUGACGGGCCACUCAGGGCAUAUGAAGACCCAGCCAAUGCAGAGUUCCUUAAUGCCAUCCGACGUAGUGAGGUACCCCUGGAGCUGAUCCGAGAGGCACGAGGAGGUGAGGUUUAUAUCAGCAUGGCUGACCACCGCCAUGAAGACUAUGUGCCGCCCAAAGCAAGCUUAAAGGCUUUCUCAGGUGCUGGUCACACUCUUGGCAGCUUGGUGCCAACAGUUGUUGGCCAGAGUGACAAGGGAGCUGCUAGCGGAGGUGCCAGCAGUCAGGCAGGACCAACCCAGGAUUCCAAGACACUGCAGAAAAAUGCCCAGGAGGGUCUCAAGGUAGAUGAGAGCCAACCAGUCACAUCCAUCCAGCUUCGUAUGCCUGAUGGUUCCCGUCUCGUGGCGAGGAUGAACCACACUCACACUGUUGGGGACAUCAGACAUUUUGUACAGACAGCACAGCCAGCCUACAUUACCAUCGACUUUGGCCUCAUGACCACCUUCCCUUAUGCUGAGCUUACCAAUUUGGCACAGACGGUGUCUGAGGCAAAAUUAUUAAAUUCUGCCAUUGUUAUUAAGACCAAGUAAUGUAACAAUGUCCUCAACAAUAGGAAGCUUCAAUUUGUUGACUGCAUGUGAUAUGUGUUUGUGGAGGCGCAAAUUCAUAUUUAUUUGAAUAUUCUCAGCUCAGCUCUGCUAUGUUCUAGUAUACUUGAACAAUAAACUUAUUUUGGAAUUGUA